AUGACAGUCUUCAAGGUGGUGAAUUUGGUCGAAGUUGCAGCUUCCGUGACGCUGCUCGUGAUUGUGAUGGUCGUCGGUGCAGAGAACUGCUGGAACGCUGGCCAGUGCGCGAACCCCUUGUUCCUGGCUCAGAGUGUCCUGCUGUUCGUCGCAGCGAUCUUCCUCGCCGUCACCACAAUCAUCUACCUCGUCAGUUUCUACAAGCACGGGUUUUGUCUGCGCGUGGCAUACGUACUGACGGGCAUUGUGGGUGUACUUUGCAGCCUCGCGGGAACAGCUGUGAUGCCAUACGCGCUCGGACAUCAGUGGACGCAUUGGCUUGCAACCAUCGCAAUGACCAUCGCGCUCUCCUUCACCAUCAAUGUCAUCUUUGCCUUUCCACAGAAGAAAUCUUAG